AUGACGCACCACAGCCCGAAUGGAUCCGAUCCGUUUGCAGACAAUGCUGCCGUAUACGAUGAACGGGAAACCAUCGUCGAAUCCACCCUCGCUGUUGGUCGCAAUGCUACCCUGACACUGGGGACCGACUCUGUUAUACUCCUAGACGAGGGCAUUAAUGAAGGUACGGGGUUUUCGUGCUUUGGGCUGCUGCCACAAAGGACCACAAAUACCCGGUCCAUUCCCUAUUUUAAUGUACUUUGGGCCGAAGUGGUCAAGAACGACUUAACGAUUCGAUACGCGAAACCUACCUCGAAAUCCCCGCGUGGCCCCGUUGUUGUCGCGUAUGUAAAUUACACCCUGGAAAAUUUUACAUCUACCGAAGAGAAGGCGUCAAGAUGGGUGACACGACUGCUUGCCCGUGCCUACGGACUUUCCCAGCGAAAUAAAAGAAUCAAACUUUUGAUAAACCCAUUUGGCGGGGUGGGCAAGGCGGAGAAAUUGUAUCCAAAAGAGAUUGAGCCCAUCUUUGCCGCCGCCCGUUGUGAAGUUGACGUCGAAAGAACUACUCAUUCCGGUCAUGCCAUCGAGAUUGCCGAGAACCUGGAUAUCAAUGCUUAUGACGUCCUAGUCAGCGCUUCUGGGGAUGGGCUCCCCCAUGAAUGCUUCAACGGUCUGGCAAGGAAACCCAAUGCAGCUGAAGCACUACGGAAGGUGGCUAUUGCCCAAUUGCCAUGUGGUAGUGGCAAUGCCAUGUGUUGGAAUCUUAAUGGCACCGGGGAAUGCAGCACAGCGGCGCUGUGUAUCGUCAAGGGUAUUCGCACACCUAUGGACCUUGUCAGUGUCACGCAAGGCGACAAGAGAACGUUGUCUUUCCUCUCCCAGUCCCUUGGCAUAGUGGCGGAGAGUGACCUAGGUACCGAUAAUGUCCGGUGGAUGGGCGAGUCGAGAUUUGUAUUUGGAUUUCUGGUUCGUUUGAUCGGAAAGAGCAUUUAUCCCUGCGACAUUGCAGUCAAGACAGAAAUUGAGGACAAGCAAGAUAUAAAGCGACAUUACGCACGGGAACGAGCCAAGGCUCAAAUACCCAAUCCAAUCUCUCGCGGUGACCUUGACGGUCCCCUUGAUACCUCUACCAACCUUGGUCUCCCGCCGCUAGAAUAUGGCACGGUCAACGAUCCCUUACCAACUGGAGACGGUUGGUCACCCUUGAUCCACUACCACAACCUGGGGAAUUUUUAUUGCGGAAACAUGAAUAUCAUGUCCGCCGAUGCCCCCUUCUUCCCAGCAUCGCUUCCCUCCGACGGCCUCUGCGAUCUCGUCACCAUCGACGGAGAUGUUUCGCGCCUUACAUCUCUCGACCUGCUUUUAUCCGUUGAAAAGAACAAUUUCUUCGAUAAAGAGGUUGUGCGCGUACGCAAAGUAAAAGCUGUCCGUGUCAUUCCUAAAUUCGGUCGACAUGUCCAGCAAACCAAAAACCGAAAUCGCCAAGGGCGGCUAGGACAGAUGAUGGACCGCCUCGGUGUUAGUGGUGAGGGCCGUAAUGCAAAUCGAGACGGGGGCUAUUUCAGUGUCGAUGGUGAAAAGCUACCGUUUGAACCGUUUCAGUUAGAGUGUCACAGAGCCCUGGGUACUGUGCUGAGUAGACACGGUGGCAUCUACGAGGCUGACGGACCCAAGGGCUGGGACGCAAUUGAUACUAGUGGCGAUGAUCACGGCAAUUCGAUGCCAAGGUAA